CCUCCCUUGCAUCUCCUCGGUCUGCAGAACACGUAGACUACACCCUACACCACAACACUCGCUCGCAGCAUUUGUUUGAUCGACACUCCCUCAUCCCGCGCAGCCGUUACAGACAGCGACGAGCGAACAACAACUCCUUUACCUGGUGAAAGGUUGAUUGUUUCCAAGUCGGCGGCACCAAAAUUGGAUCGGCGUCCCUUGGUCGAUUGAGCGGCCUGCGGAUCGGCAAGCACAGCUCUCUUCUCGUCUCGUCCUCAUCCACUCGACAUUGUUCUCCAUCUCCCUCUCACUCUCUUUCACUCGUUCAUUCACUGUCCUCCUUGGUCGACGCUCCCUACUCCCCCCUCUCAACCUCUCCACGCGGCCCUCUGCGGCCUGCAACGCCUUCGUACGCCGUACGUCGGCCCCCUCUCCGCCCUGGCGCGCGCAUCCAGCAGAUAGCCUCCGGUCGCCACCAUGGAACCUCCCAAGAGCAAGUUCAAGUUCGACCCCAUGUCAAUGCUCCUCCCCCACGAGCGAGCAGCGAUGAUGGCUCCGCCUGCGCCGAGUAACGCGAGCAACAAGAUGGCUCCGCCGCCCCUCGGCGCGCAGCCCACAUUCCGGCCGCCACAACAGCAGCACCAGCACCUGCAACACCAGCCGCAUCAGCAGCAGCAUCAGCAGCAGCAUCAGCAGCGCCUCCAUCCUCAACAAGGCGCUCACCCGCUUCCAGCAAUCCAGACGCACUACGUGCCCCUUCCGCCAGGACAAGCAGCACCGCUCUCACCCCCAGCGUCACUCAUGUCAACGCCUCCUUCCGCUUGGGAGGCGUCGUCGGCAUGGGGCGGGAUGGAGAACGUCAUGGAGGGAUCCCCGUCGUCAGCACAGCAGUGGCAGGGCCGCUUUGGCCAAAGACCGUCCGCCGCCUACCCUCAUGGGCAACAGGCUCACCCCAGCAGCGGGCGCGUAGGGCUUGCAGACUGGGAGGUCGUCGAGACCCUCGGCACCGGCACCUUCGGACGCGUCCUUCUCGUUCGCCAGAGACCAUCCUAUCGCCCAACAUCCUAUCACCCCAUCUUUCCCAACCUCUACCAGCCCGCAGACCCGCAGGCGCCAUCACCUGUCACAACGCAACACGCCGACGGGCAGCUUCCCCACUUCGCCAUGAAGGUGCUGCGCAAGAGCGAGAUUGUGCGUCUCAAGCAGGUCGAGCACAUGAACUCUGAACGGCGCAUCCUCGAAAAGGUCCGGCAUCCAUUCAUCGUCGAGCUGCACGCGACGUACCAGGACAACCUGAACGUCUACAUGCUGCUCACGUACGUCCCUGGUGGUGAACUUUUCUCGCACUUGCGCCGCGCGGGCCGCUUCUCGCCCGACGUUACGCGCUUCUACCUCGCGUCGAUCGUGCUUGCGAUCGACUACCUCCACUCAAAGAACAUCAUCUACCGUGAUCUGAAACCUGAGAACCUGCUCCUCGACCGCAGUGGGUACCUGCGCAUCGCAGACUUUGGGUUUGCCAAGGUAGUCGAGGAUCGCACCUUCACGCUGUGUGGCACACCAGAAUAUCUUGCACCAGAGAUUGUGCUGUCGCAAGGCCACGGCAAGGCAGUUGACUGGUGGGCUCUUGGUAUCCUUGCCUUCGAGAUGCUCGCUGGCUACCCUCCCUUCUUCGACGACCACCCGCUCGGGAUCUACGAGAAGAUCCUUCGCAACGAAGUCUCCUUCCCCUCCCACAUUGACCCCUACGCCAAGGACUUCAUCCGGGGCCUCCUCACGGCCGACCGAACAAAACGGUUGGGCAACUUGCGCGGCGGUGCGCGCGACGUUAUGAACCACCCUUGGUUCCAGGGAGUCGACUGGGGAUCUCUCGAGCGCAAGGAGAUUGGCGCCCCGAUCGUUCCAAGAGUAGGCAGCAUGAGUGAGUUGCUCUCCUCCAUCUAAGCAAAGCUGACACACAGGCGACUCGCAAAACUUCCAACGAUACCCCCCUCCCCGUCCUACCGAGCUGCCGGGUAUUUUCGGUGCUCCCUACGACGAGAGCGAGGACCCGUAUGCUCUCAUGUUCCGUGAUUUCAGCUUCCCGCGGCGCGACGACGCC